CUGCCACUGAACAAAUAAGAAGCUUCUUGAAGGAAGACACCCCAGGAGAACGUCUCAGGAAUCAAGACCAUAAAAGUACUGACAGGCUUCGGACUCACUAUGGAUGUCUACUCCAACUUUGUGGUUUCCUAAAAAUAGCCCUCAGGGUACAGAUUCCUCUCUCUCUUUGCCCUAAGAAAGCUAAGGAACUCUCCAAGGGGAGGGGCCUCUUCUCUCUGAAAUCUGAUGCUAGCUGUGAGGUCACAGCUUCCCCAGAAAUAAAAGGCCACCUCAGCAAGGGUGGCCCCCAAGCAGGGACUGGAGCAGCCCUCAGCUCACUCUUCAGCCUCGCCACUGCAUUGCAGCCCCGCGGCUCCAUCAUGUCCUUCAGUGCUGAUCAGAUUGCUGAUUUCAAGGAGGCAUUUCUACUGUUUGACAGAACAGGUGAAUGCAAGAUCACCUUAAGCCAGGUUGGGGAUGUCCUUCGGGCUCUGGGCACAAAUCCCACCAAUGCAGAGGUCAAGAAGGUUCUGGGAAACCCCAGCAAUGAAGAGAUGAAUGCCAAGAAAAUUGAGUUUGAACAAUUUCUUCCCAUGAUGCAAGCUAUUUCCAACAACAAGGACCAGGGCACUUAUGAAGACUUUGUUGAGGGUCUGCGUGUCUUUGACAAGGAAGGCAAUGGCACAGUCAUGGGUGCUGAACUCCGUCACGUUCUAGCCACACUAGGUGAAAAGAUGAAAGAGGAAGAAGUGGAAACGCUAUUGGCAGGUCAAGAAGACUCUAAUGGUUGCAUCAACUACGAAGCUUUUGUCAAGCAUAUCAUGUCUAUCUAAAUGGAACUCUCAAGAUCAAGAAUUGUUUAGAAAGACUGGCUGGAAACUUAUUUUAUAACACCCAUGUCCAGAUCCGUUCACCAUCAUUCAGAAAAACAAAACAAUGUGGACUGUUCUAGAAUGAAGGACUCCUUGAAUUUUUUUAUACCUUAUGUUUCCCUCUAUGUCCUGCUCAUACCACACAAACCAAGUGUCUCCUGUUCUAGACAAGGAUAAAAGUCUGGCAAUCCCAAACCCAAGCACCACUCUUUAUUCUCUGCCAUGGGUCAAUGAACAUUCUUAAAUUAAUAAGUCAAUAAAUAAUUUUGGUCAGUCUGUAAUAUUCAA